CAAAGUCCAAAAUUGUUUGUCAAAUAAAACUGCAAUCGAAAGAGAUUAACAGCUGUUUUUGUGUUUUCGAUUAAUUUUAUUUCAUGAUUCUACGUUUUUUAAAGGUAGAUCAGUAUUUCUAGUGUAGGUCAUGCUAGUUAUUUAUAGUUGUAGUGUGCAUUUUAAAAAUGAAACAAAGGACACGUCCUUUACAUGGUGGGGAUGAUCUAUUGACCAACAUGAACGGUUCUUUAGAGAAUGAUAUAAAUUUUAAUGGACAUAUACAACUGCAUAGGAUUAAACCUCAGGAUCAUUUUAUAGAAGCGCAAGUACAAGAGGGAGAUACUUUACAGGCUAUUGCCCUUCGAUUCCAUUGUUCUGUUUCAGAACUAAAGAGAAUAAAUCACAUUCAUAAAGACAAUGAAAUAUUUGCAAGGCGAACAAUCAAAGUUCCAGUCACCCCAUAUUCAGUUCUCACAGAACUUAUACCAUCCACACAUUCACCGGAGCCAACUCCCUCUACAUCUAAACAUGCCCCCACUACACUCACAAUGGAAAACUUGUUGGAGAACCCUGUCGCUAACAAAGUAGCCAAUAAACAAAGUGAUGACUUUGAAAUAGAUUGCAAUGCAGUAGUUCUGAAUAGCACAGUUGCGCCAUCUGUUGUUCCAUAUACAGAUUCAGAACCAAAUGAGCCGGUGACCGAGGAUACUCAACUACUGCCAAAUAAGGAAAGAGUAUCUGUGGAAGCCGUUGUAGUGAAGCAGUUGACUUCACAAGGAGCAGAUUUUGGCUUGAAAUGGUUUCAUUUAGUUUGCUUUGUGCUUAUACUAGGCGUAGUUGCGCCGAUCGUCUAUGUACUGUUUGUUUUAGACAAACAUGAACAUUCAGAUAUACCUCCAUUGCAUCCAACAUGAUUGGGAAUCUAGCUAAACUGAUUUAAGAGCUUUAAUACAUUUGAUGGACCUUUUUUUACAUACUAAAUUUUGUACUAUAUUUUAAGGAAAUGAGAUGUGAUUCUAAAAUAUAUGUAAUUUUAUUGUAAGUAUAAA